AUGCUGCUGGGCCCCUGGCUGCUGGCGGCGGCGGCGGCGGUGGCGGCGGCGGGCGCGGGCUGCCCGGUGCUGUGCAGCUGCCGCGGGCAGGCGGUGGACUGCAGCGGGCAGCGGCUCUUCUCCGUGCCCCCCGAGCUGCCGCUGGACACCGGCAACCUGAGCCUGGCCCACAACCGCAUCGCCAGCAUCCCGCCGGGCUACCUGGGCUGCUACGGGCAGCUGCGCGCCCUCGACCUGCGCAACAACUCGCUGGCGGCGCUGCCGGCCGGGCUGUUCCGCGGCGCCCGGCGCCUGGCGCACCUGGACCUGAGCUACAACAACUUCAGCCUGGUGCCCGCAGACAUGUUCCGCGAGGCCAGCGCGCUGCUGCGCCUCGACCUCAGCCACAACCCGGGGCUGCGCCGCGUCCACCCGCAGGCCUUCCGCGGCCUGGCCCAGCUGCGCGAGCUGGACCUCAGCUACGGCGGCCUGGCCGCCCUCAGCCUCGACGCCCUGGAGGGGCUGCCCGGCCUCGUGGGGCUGCGCCUGGGGGGCAACCCCUGGCUCUGCGGCUGCGCCAUGGAGCCGCUCCUCAAGUGGCUGCGGGGGCGCAUCCAACGCUGCUCCUCGGAUUCGCAGCAGGCGGAGUGCUGGGCUCCCCCCGAGGUGGCGGGGGCCCCGCUGCUGUCGCUGACGGAAGAGAGCUUCCAGGCCUGCCACCUGACGCUGACCCUCGACGACUAUCUCUUCAUCGCCUUCGUCGGCUUCGUCGUCUCCAUCGCCUCGGUGGCCACCAACUUCCUGCUGGGCAUCACGGCCAACUGCUGCCACCGCUGGAGCAAGGCCAGCGAGGACGAGGACGUUUAGGGACCGCCGCUGCCACCACCGCCGAUAGACCCCCGCCCCGGCCGCCCCCGCGGGGACACCAGACUGUGCCUUGUCCGCGUCCCCUCUUGCCGCUCCCUGUGCCGGGGUGGCCCUCGAGACGCUGGGGACACCAGGGGACAGCCCUGCUUCCUUUUGCCCCAAAGUGGGGAGUUUUUGCACCCCCCAUCACCGUGAGCUUGGACCCCCUCCUGUGCUGUUCCCACUGCCCAGGACUGGUUGAGGCAGCAAUUUGGGAAUCCCCUGGGAACCCCCCCACCUCUGCCUGGGAGAGACAGAGGAGAAAGUGUGUGUGUCUUGGGAACCACAGCCACUCUCCUGGGGGCAUCGAGGAAAUCCCUGCUUUUAGCCCCAAAGCAACACCUCUGGAGCCCCCCAAAUCCUGCACAUACUCUCCAGCCUUCCCAAAAAUCCAAGAGGCCAGGAAGCAUUGCUGACACCAAGCUCAUCACCACCGUUCCAGGACAUGCCUGCACCUUGCUGGUGAUAUCGGGAUGUGCUGGAACAGCACUGGGACCACCAAGCCUGGCAGUAGGAUGGGCUCUGACAUCUCCAGGGGAUGGGAUCUCCAAAGAUCCAGGGACUGCAUCUCCCAGAGAUGACAUCUGCCUCCUCUUCGGGGCCAACCCGGGCACCAGCAUUGCCCACCCUGGGGGAGGUUUGGGAGGUGGAAGGAGCUCAAAAAAGGGCAAAAAAGAAAAAAAAGGCAAAAAGCAGAAAGCUAA